UACACCGAUAGGGUGGAACUUGGUCAGUUAACACCAGUUUUGAAUGGCCAAGGGUAAACGUCAGUUUAACGGACUGAACAGGAUAUGAAGACAAGCUGUAAAGCUUAUGUUAAACCUCUUCCCUUCAAUUGAAAGAGGUAUGGUCGUUUUCCGCUUAUCCUGACCUACGGCGAUAGUACAGAAACAACAAGAUGUCGCUAUCAUUGAAGUAUCGGACGUCCUUGUGUGUAAUUGGACUCCUCGUUUCUGUGUUUUAUAUACUUUGUCAAUUCAUGGAAUCACCAGUCCAGCCUACAACAAAUACUCGUAAAGCCGCUACUCAAAACGUCCCAAUGACCAUGACACAUCGAGGGGCCGAAAAAGGAGUAUCUAGCGACACAGCGCCAUUUGCACUUUACGAUGCAGAGCGAUUCAAAGACGAUGCUAUCCUCCAAAAGGAAAUACGUGUGGAUUCUGCUUAUAGGAUCGGAGCCUCACAAUACAAACGAAUCCGCCACGUCGUACAGAGUAGGCUCAGGGAUGUACGUGUCGAGAGUUUACAGAAAAUGUCUAUGGAAGUAGUAUCCGAGAUCUACCAUAGAUAUAUGAACACGCUUCAGUUUUUCUGUCCAAACAAGGAUAUGUUGGGAGGUGUCGGUUCGGGUCGAUACGUCUGUACUGGUUUCUCUACAAACGGGAAAUGUCUUGUGUACGAUAUCACCGAUAAGGAGAAAAAUGUGUUCUUUAAAACAGAUGUUGAGGAUCUGUACAAAUGUGAACAAAGACAGCUGAAAACAAGUGAUAUUAGAACAGAAAUGGAAAGUUUGAACCUGGAGACACCUCUCACAAACAUGUUAACCCGUGAGGGAAGAAUCGAUGUCCUUUUAAUACGAGGUGACGGAGCAGGCGACAUUGCUAAUGGACUUCUCCAACGCGGGGUUCUACGUCACGUCGACCAGCUGUCCGUAGACUUCCACGCAGUGAAUAACGUCACUUCCGUUUCCAACUACAUCAAUCAAAUACUACUCUUAAAAACUCUUUACGGUGAAGGAUUCAGAAUCUACCAUUUUGAAAGAGAUCCGAAACAUGUCUUCUCAGACAAUCCUUGGCGGACAGGAGGAUACACGCUAAAUAUGAUGAGAGAGAGAAGAGUAGACGGCCCGCUAGGUGUUCCCAUCACGGUGAAAAAUUCGACUAAAAAACAGUUGCUCAACCAAUUGUUCAGCUACCUAUUGACGAGCGAGGUACUCUGUAAAGAAAUACUACGGGUUGGUGACAUUGACGAUGGCGGCUGGGAUGUAUGUGUCGAUGAUAAAUACAGACCGUCCUCACCAUGUCUAGUCUACUCAUUCGGUAUUGGACUAAUGGACCAAAGACGAUCUCAACUACAAUGGUUCCACAAUCUCGGAUUGUCCGGCCAAAAUGGCACCAUUAAAAUGGAAGGCGUCGAAUGGAGCAUGAUGAAUUUGAAAUCGAUUCGGACAAUGUUGGGACAUAACAAUCGUCAAAUUGACAUUUUGAAAAUGGACAUAGAGCGAUCAGAAUGGCAAUCCCUACCCAACAUUCUGGAAACCGGAAUUUUAAAGGAUGUCAAACAAUUUUACAUGGAAGUUCAUUUUCUCGCCAAUAGUUGGUCUGUCAAUAUCUUCGCCGACUAUUUAGAAUUACUGAGACAAAUACAUAAUAUGGGGUUCCGGCUUUUCUGGUCUCAUCCAAAUCAAGUACCGGAAAAUGUUGGAAAGUCGGAGUUUAACGAUCGAAUUGUGUCGGCGUGUUACGAAUUAUAUUACGUUAAUAUAAAUAAGUAACGGUUAUAGUAUACGUGAGUGAGUGUGUGGGAAGGAAGGAAGGAAGGAAGGAAGGAAGGAAUCGUCUAUAUGAUGAGUUUUAUAGGCGGAAAAAUCCAAACUCUUUGGUUAAGGCAGGGGGCAGGGCUAUCAAUUGUUAAGCCAGUUUCAAUUGAAAAAUCGAAUUUAUCUUGUAAUUGGGCUUCAUUACCGGAAUAUCUACUUAUCUAUAAAUACAAAGUUUGAUAUAACAGUAAUUGGCAAUUAAACGUUGCAGUCAGUAUUUAACUAACUAUAGACUCUCGUUUAAUUUGAACAAGCGCAGUAGUCCUCCAUCCCAGCAUGCUACUGGCUCAAUAUCAUGACGCCGCACCACGGCAUUAUCUCACUUGCCCCUUCGGCCGAACCAAUGUUGAUACGAAGAACAACGGGGACAUCACAUUCAAUUCAAUCUAUUUAUUCCAAAUGCAACACAGCAUAUAGGAUAACACAAUAUUCAUAUAAUAUGUAUACAUAUUGCAACUUGAAUGACAAGAUGGCGGAGGGCCCAACACAGGCAAUAUACUUACGACACAUAAUAAUGAAUAACAUAUUGCUUUUGAAAACUUGUAACUGAUGCAUAACAAUUACAGCGUCUACGUAUUGCAUGCCUAUGACGUCAUGACAGUAUGACGACAUAAUUUAAACAUGUACUAUUCAAUAUAAAUAACAUACUUUCUACAUACAUAUAUAAUGUAUAUACAAGAACACUACAUAUGAAAACUGUGAUCAUAAUUUCCAAAACGCAUUUAAUUUAGUUACUUACAAGGAGAGUUUUUCUUUCUGCAGUGGCAUGUAACAAAAAUUUACCCAAUCUAUUCAAGGUUUUAACACUUUUACUGGAAAAUAAUUCUAUCAAUUUAUAAACACUUGGACGAGAAUAAUAAUACUUUUUGAUGUAUGUUUUUCUUAGUUCAGAAUAUGCAGGACAAAGAAGCACAAAAUGUACUUCGUCCUCGACGUCAUUUUUGUCACAAACUGUGCAAACUCUUUGACUUCUAGGUAUUUUAUUGUAGCGCCCAGAUUCAAUAUUUAGACUGUGUCCUUGCAUACGGAAUUGACUCAAUAACUUUUUAAAUUUAUAAUUAAUUGGCUUAAUAAGAUAAAAUUGAGUAUUGAAGGUAUCCACAAUAUGUUUGUAUAAAUAACAUUUCGACGAUAUAUCAAACGCACUGCGUAAUUCUUGAAUAAAUACAUCAUGAACACGCUGGACAUAUACUUGCAUAAAAUGACUUUCAUUUAAAACGUAUUGGCUGUUCCAAAUAUAACCAAAACCUAAACUACAAAGCUCAUUUUUAAUAUGAUAAACCCAAUUACUUUUACAAUUAGGUUUUUUAUUAUUCAAUUCGACAAGUGCGUCAUAACAUGAUUUUAAAACACAAUUAUUGGUUUUUAGUAAUUUCAGCCAAUAUUUCAUUACUGCUAUUUUACGUUGCACAUACAAUGAAUAUCUACCAGUUUCGAAGAAGACCAUAGAAGAAUUUACCGAUUUCUUAACAUUAAGUAAGUCUUUGAGAAAAAAAAGAUGAAUUUUUUCAAUUUGUGGUGAAACAGCUUGUCCCCAUACUUCACAUCCGUAAUUCAAAACACAUGCAACAUAAGUGUCAAAUAAAGACAUUUUCGUUUCAAUAUUAAGGGUGAACACUUUCAUUUUUCUUUUUAAAUGAUAAUAUGCUUUUCUUCCUUGGGAAGCCAAAGUAUAUAAUGCUGCAGUGAAUCUACCGUUAAAGUUAAAAAUCAGGCCAAGGUAACAAAACUUAUCGACAAUUUCUAUAGGGUUUCCAUUAAAAGUCCAGUUUUCAGAGGGUAGCAUUCUUUUUCUUUUCCUAAAAACAACAAUUUUUGUUUUAUCAGUGUUUAUUUUUAAGUUCCAUUUAAGAGUAUAAGUCUGUAAACUAUCAAGCAUAUUUUGGAGGUCGGUAACGUCCUCUGAAAACAAGACUGUAUCGUCUGCGUACAUUAACAUAAAGAGGUUAAUCAGCUGUAAUGAGUAACUUUGACAAUUAGAAUUUAUAAAAUGACUUUCCAUAUCGUUUACAAAAAGAGAAUAGAGCAUUGGGGAUAAAGGUUCUCCUUGCAAUAAUCCGACAUGCAAAUCGAACAUGGCGGAUAAUUUACCAUUUAGUUUAACACAGGAACGUACAUUAUCGUAAAUUGAUUUAAUUACAUUCAGUAAUCGCCCUCUAAUACCAUUUCUCAAGACCAGGAGAGAAUAGCAACAGUCACACAAAACAUUAAAUCUAAAUAGGUUAAUCUGCCGACGGAAUAUAGGUAAACAUGGAUACCAGUAAAAUGCACAAUGAAUAUAAGACCUCGCACAACUUUCGUCAAUUUUUCUGAAUGCGUGUUUAGCCUUACGUUGCCAAUGGGACAGCAUCGCUGGGUUUUAAGGAGAGAAAUAGUUAAUGUGCGUUCCUUAAAUUCAUCAAUGCUUUUCCGUGACAAUAAACUUAUAUUUUUAAGCGUCUUCUGAUCCAUAAUAACACGCGCCGUGUACAGUUAGGUCAAACCAGGCAAGGUCGCUUUUUCAAAUCUAGAACAAGGUAGUGACAACGAAAGUACCAGACAUACAUAUUGCUUUCAACCAGUUGACGGUAGGAAUCAAGAUGUAAUUAUUUUCUCUUUGAGGUGGCACUACCGGUACUUGUACGUGUAAAUGGACUUAUGUUUAACGUGUACGUCUCAUUCAGGCGACACGGGUAACAGCUAGCACACGUAAUGUUUUUAUUCUAUUAAUGAGAUAGGUAUAGGUAAGUGAGGAAUUUGUAUGUGUGUGCGAAAUGUGUGUUUUUGUGUCUUUGUUGUUUUGUUUUAUAUUAUUUAUCUAUUUUUUUAUUUUUUUUUUCAUUCAUGAUGUUUUUUAAUAAACAUAUCAGUCAGUGCCUAUGUCGCAGUGAAAUAUA